AAGCCCUUGUGUUACGUUUGCGUCAUACGAAAUUACACAUUGAUACUGUUGGUAGUUACUUUUUGACAUUUGUGUUUUCCACCUUUACUUAAGACAAAGUAUUGUUUAUUUAGAAACUAAAAUGGGAGCGUGUAUGGCAUUGUGUUCAAUCGCCAGCUGUGCAUCCUGUCUGUGUGGCUCAGCUCCCUGUCUGCUGUCAGGAUGCUGUCCCUCCACCUACAAUUCUACCAUGUCAAGGCUGGCCUUCUCCUUCCUGCUACUGCUCGGUACCCUGGUCUCUGUCAUUAUGAUCUUACCCGGCAUGGAGACACAACUCAACAAGAUUCCGGGGUUCUGUGUUGGCGGAACCUCCAUACCCAUCCCAGGCCUCCCGGAGAACAAGGUAAACUGCAGCGUCAUCCUGGGCUACAAGUCUGUGUACCGCAUGUGCUUCGCCAUGGCCUGCUUCUUCUUCUUCUUCUCCGUCAUCAUGAUUCGUGUUCGCAGCAGCAAGGACCCCCGAGCCUCCCUGCAGAAUGGAUUCUGGUUCUUCAAGUUUCUAAUACUGGUCGGAAUUACUGUUGGUGCCUUCUUCAUUCCAGACGGAACGUUCAACACUGUGUGGUUCUACUUUGGCAUGGUGGGUUCCUUCAUUUUCAUCAUCAUCCAGUUGAUCUUGCUGGUGGACUUUGCUCACUCAUGGAAUCAGUCUUGGCUGGAGAAUGCUGAAGAGGGAAACCGCAAGUGCUGGUUUGCUGCUCUCCUCACAUUCACGGUGCUGCACUAUGUCCUGGCCUUCUCUGCAGUGGUGUUGUUUUAUGUCUUCUACACCAAAGUAGAUGACUGUACUGAAAACAAGGUCUUCAUCAGCCUCAACUUGAUUUUCAGCAUCAUAAUCUCCAUUGUUGCCAUCCUGCCCAACGUCCAGGAGGCUCAGCCCAGCUCAGGCUUGCUCCAGGCUUCGCUCAUCUCUCUCUACACUAUGUAUGUCACAUGGUCUGCCAUGACCAACAACCCUAACCGUAAUUGUAACCCCAGUCUGUUGGGUCUGGUGAGCAACAGCUCCACCCCAAACAGCCCCACACCUGCCCCAGGGCAAGUGGUGCAGUGGUGGGAUGCCCAAGGCAUUGUGGGUCUGAUCAUCUUUAUCUUAUGUACUCUCUAUGCCAGCAUCCGUUCUUCCAACAACACCCAGGUAAACAGGCUCAUGCAGACUGAGGAAGGCCAGGGCAUGGCUGCGGACGACCAGGAGGCGGGUAAGGGGGCUGACGGGGUCAGACGGGCAGUGGACAACGAAGAAGAUGGAGUAUCCUACUCCUACUCGUUCUUCCACUUCAGCCUGUUCCUGGCCUCCCUCUACAUCAUGAUGACUCUCACCAAUUGGUACCAACCUGACGUGAACUACCAGGCCAUGCAGAGCAGCAUGCCAGCUGUGUGGGUGAAGAUCAGCUCCAGCUGGAUAGGCCUGGCUCUUUACCUUUGGACCCUGGUAGCUCCUCUCAUUCUCUCUAACCGAGAAUUCAACUGAAGAAAAUCUUUCCAUCCAGAUGAUAUUCUUGUAAUGUUUAAGGGUAUUUGUGUAGAGAAUGUCAUUUGGUCAGUAGGUUUGCAAAGGAACUUUGCGGUGUGAAGGAAUGUGUUAUUUGUCUUAAUGUUUCUCAUCUUGGAUUUAUCCCUAUGGGCUAAUCAAUUUUGUGAUUGGUUUUAUGCUUUAGUAAUAUUUCAUGUUCUCUGGUCAGGUAUUCUACUACAAUAACUUUUUCUGAACGAUCAGUUUCCUGUUCACAAAAUUUAGGUCUCUCUAGGCCAGGUGUCUCAAACCUUUUGGGGCAUCAGAGUUACUUUGAAAACAUAUUUUUUUUUUUGGCUUUGAAUUGGGUACUUCUCUCCCCUGUGACGCAAGAACUUUAUGGUAAAAGUACUGAACUUUGAAGAUUUGGGGAAGGUUUGAGUGAUUGCGUUUUAGUAGCAAUUGAGGGAUCAAACUCAGACCAACUAGUGCAACAUGCUCAAAUUGAAUUACCAGAUAUUGUGUUAAGUUAGGCUUUUUAAUAUCAAUGAUAUAGGAGACAUCAGUGUCUGACAGGUGGGAGAUAUAAAUUAUGUAUCCACAUCCGUAAUUGCUACUAGUAGAUGACAACUGACAUCUUGGGGCUGUUACUGUACAUCGCUUUAUUUUCAGUGGGCUUCUUUUUUAUCCUCACAAAGGAAGUUAGUUUAAGGAAAAUGUAAUUUUGUUUUACAUUAUUUCCCCAGUGCGCUUUAUUUUUUAAAAUUAUUUCAACACCUAGGGUCUUUGAUUUCAGAAUGGCAUUUAGCAAACACUAUGUUCUUGAGUUUUUAUUGGUAAGGGGUGCCGUGACCGAUUCGGAUUAGAACCAGUAAUGUUUCUGUUAUGGGCCACCUGAUGUCUUGGAUAUACUCUACAUUCCUUUUUUAUACUGAAGUGAUUUGAAGAGCCUUUUUCCUACACCACAUGUAUUUAGCUGGACCAGAGUCAGCAUUUUAGCAAAUGCAGUUGCUGUAUUAUAAUUCAUUUACAUGACACUUCAUAUUAUGUCUCCCACUUUUAAUAUAUACAAAGAAUAUACAAAAACAAAUUUGGACUUGAUAGGGCCAGAUUGCUGAUUGUAACUUUGUAUGAUUGUUAUGUUUUCGUAUCUGUCUAGUUACCUUAAGGGCUUCUUUUGAGCAAAUGCAUUAAAUUCUUUAUUUCGUCUUCA